AGCAUUCUACAAGUUUCGGCAUCUCUUUCCAUCUCUUGCUCUUUCAGGAGACUGUUAUUCUCGGAAAUCAAAGGAGGGGAGAAUAAGAAACCUAUAUACGAUAAAUCCGAAGAAAAAGCAGAGAAAAGACAUUAAAGGGGAGAAAGAAAAAAGGAAGAAAAACAGAAGAAGAACAGAAGAACAGAAAAAACAGGGAGAGAGAGAGGAAUUGAUCGGCUGUGCAAACCACACGAACGGGGAAAGAGGAAUAAAGAAAAGGAAAGAAAGAAGAAAGCAACCGAAGAACAAAAAAGAAGAAGAAGAAGAAGAAGAAGAAUAUAAUAGCAUUGAGUGUUACCAGUCGGCACUCGUGAAUUAUACAGUUCUUCACCCACACCCUCAUUUCAUCCCUUAUACUCCCCUUCGUGAUCAGCAUCCACCUGUGUAUUUGCCAAUAUGUCGUCAGGACUGGCCUCCGACGAAGUCGCUGAGGAUUACAAGAACUCAUUGGAAGAUCUAACAACGAACGACAGGUUCCAGAUCAGCAAUUUAACGGUCAUAGCCAAGGAGAACACCGAGCAUGCCAUGGCCAUCUCCCGAGUAUUGGAGAAUCACAUUCGAACAACGCCUCCGGCCCAGAAGUUGCCCGCCUUGUAUGUAGUCGAUUCAAUUGUCAAGAAUGUAGGGACACCCUACACGCUUUUUCUGGGGCGCAAUAUGUACCAGACAUUCAUGAAUGCCUAUACCUUGGUCGACUCGCCAACUCGCAGAAAGUUGGACGAGAUGCUCAAAACAUGGAAGGAGCCGGUCCCUGGUUCUCUAGACACGAGGCCAGUCUUUCCUCCGGAAGUUACUCGCGGCAUCGAAAGUGCACUCAUCAAAGCGAGGACAGCCGCCCUGCAGCAGCAACAGGCGAGGAGCCAACAGGAAGUUCUUACUCGUGGGCGGGUUGGGACACCCCCAGGUUGGGGGAGUAGCAGCGCAACAGCUCAGAGUUCUACUCGUUAUCCUCCAUCCACAAAUUCAACGCCACCUAUGCUAUAUCACAGGAAUGGGCCCGGUCAUGGGUUUCCAUCGGCAGACCCGCGAUCAACUCCAACGCCUCAACUUCAGCAACAGCAACAGCAGGAUGUGAACCUCUCAGCUUUGAAUCGGGAUAUAGAGGCUUUAAUCGCAACUGCUCGAAGCGAUUUUGCGAAUAACCCCCUCGACCCUUCCGUACAGCAACGGCUAAAGGCUCUUCUGGACCUCCAGGGUAUCUUGCAACGCCAGGAACUUACUCAGGAGCAAUUGAAGCUUGUGCGCGAUCAGGUUUCUGCACUUUCCCCAAAACCCCCAAAUUCAGUUCCUUCGACUCUUCCCCCUGCUAUUCCAGCGGUGUCGACACCAUCGAUGGCAAUGCCUCCCGUGCAAGCCAUUUCUCAGCCUCUUCAGCAGCUUCUGAACCCCGGGACACUUGCUGAGCUUAUCAAAACUACCGCUGCACGCCAGCAGCCUACACCACCGCCUCAGGCUCAGAGUAUCUUGCCACAAGCGCCUAGCAGUGGGAUAUCGCAGCCAACUGGUACUUUAAACCCGGAGAACCCACUGAUUGCGGCGCUCAGAGCACGCGGCCUUUUGCCCCCUGCGUCGGCACCCCCAACAACGUCCGCUACGCCUUCCUCAAACCUCGCUUCUGUCUUUCCUUUCAUUGUGCCUGGUCAAGUGCGAUUUACACCUCCUGUGCCGACGCCUCAAGUGACCGAUAAUUCGAAUAUACAAAUUAAUGUUCAAAUGAACACAGCGUCUAUCAAGAUACCACGCAAUACCUUCAUAGCUACUCUUUAUGAGUCGAAGCCCAAUCGUUGUGGGACUUGUGGGCGUCGUUUUUCUGCAACAGAGGAUGGGAAGGAAAAGAAAGCACGCCAUCUAGACUGGCACUUCAGAACUAACCAACGCAUGGCAGAGGCAGCCAGGCGGGCCCAGAACCGCAGUUGGUAUGUUGAUGAACGGGAUUGGAUCAAAUCCCGAGAGGUGGGCGAUGAUGAAGGCCUUUUGGACACAGAAACAUCCGGUGAAGUUGCAAAUGGAGGCGAUGGUGGUUCUGCGAAGAAAGGGCCACCGAAGCAAUGGAUACGUGCUCCGAACGAUGCCACUCUACGGAAUACGCCCUGUCCUAUUUGCCAGGAGAAAUUCGAGUCGACAUGGUCUGAGGAUGUCCAAGACUGGAUAUGGCAAGAUGCCGUCAAAGUCGGGAAUCGCGUGUACCAUGCGAGUUGUUAUGCAGAGGUGACUAAAGACGGUUCCACGCCAGCACGCCGAGGUACUCCUUUAGGGCGUACUGGAACUCCAGACUCCGUAUUGGGCAAACGCAAGGCUGAGGGAACUGAUUCCCCUAACCAAAAUGCCCGGGUCAAGUUGGAGCUAAUGUGAGAAUAUCAUCUGGUGGAAGAGAACUAGAAAUUGCAUUUUUUGCUUGGUCUGGUCAGAAAUGCGUGCUUCGAGCCCAUGAGCCCUCCAUCUUCCCUCCCUUUCCUUUCCUUUCCUUUCUUUUGCAUUAGGACAGAGUCCCUAUGGCGUUCGGAAUCCAUCUUCAGUGUGAUGUACUCCAGCAAUUGGGGUGUUUUGUAUAUAUACAUAGUAGCCAAG